UGUUUAAUAAAUGAAUGAUUUUCAUGUCCAAUCCUUGUUCACAUAUUUGUGGUUAGUUAAUAAAUCGUUUUGAAAAGUGGCACAAAACCAAAGAUGGAGUGAAUUUUGCAAUGGGUCAUUUCUCAGAAAUGCUGAAAAAGUAUUUAUCACCCAGAAUGCAGUCAAUGACCAUGGGCUUCAGAAGGCUGAUGACAAACUUCCGUGGCUACAGUCCCGUCUCCAAGUUCAGAAGAGUAGUGGAAGUGGCGUUCAGUGAUAAAUAUUUAUUAUACACAAAUGUUACAAUUUCCUUAAGUCUAUCAGCAUUAGGUGACAUAGCAGAACAGAGCUAUGAAUUAUACUGUAAAGAAUUAGAAUGCUAUGACAUGAAACGGACUUUACACAUGGCUUGUUCAGGAGUUGCUGUUGGUAUUUUGUGUCAUCAUUGGUACAAAGUUUUAGACAAAUUUAUCGUAGGAAAAACUUUUGAUAUGGUUGUUAAGAAACUGAUUCUUGAUCAGUUCAUAUUUUCGCCUAUAAUGAUUGUAACUUUCUUUGGGAGUUUAGCAUUGUUUGAGGAGGAUCCUUUAGAAAAUUUUAAAGAAGAAGUUACAGGUAAAUUUAUUACCCUUUAUCAAGCCGAGUGGGUUGUGUGGCCGCCUGCGCAGAUCAUUAAUUUCUAUUUCCUCCCCACUAGAUACAGAGUAUUGUACGACAAUACGAUAUCAUUAGGAUAUGACAUAUACACCUCACAAGUUAAACAUAGUAAAGGAAAGAAAAUAUUUUUAGACAGUAAUGGUAAAAAACCGGAUUCAUCUUGAUGAUUAUCAACAUUUUCUAGUACAAUUUAUAUACUCAAGUAAUUAGUCAGUUUAAGUGUCAGGAGUUGAGAAGUUUACUUGCGACAUUCGUGGUUACCGUUACUGAAAGCGAUGCUGUGAUAAUCAAUAAA